AUGGAUUGGCAAGGGCAGAAGCUCUCUGAGCAGCUGAUGCAGAUCAUGCUCGUCGCCUUUGCCGUAGUGGCCUUCAUCACCGGUUACUCCAUAGGUUCUUUCCAGACGAUGCUUCUCAUCUACACCGCCGGCGUUGUCCUGACUACAUUGGUCACUGUUCCCAACUGGCCCUUCUUCAAUCGACAUCCUCUGAAGUGGUUGGAUCCGAUUGAAGCAGAGCGCCAUCCCAAGCCACAACCAGUAGCUCCGAAAAAGAAAUCCACUAAGCAGCAUUAGAAAUAGGUCAUACAACAUAUAUUGCUAGAUGAUACUAGGGUUUUCUUUAGAUGGAACUUUUAUGGAUGGUACUUAUACUUUAUGAUGGUGGAUGCUUACUGUUAUUUCAAUUGAUGUUUGAAUUAAAACAAGGGAAAUUUUUAUGCGCCUUAUACCUGUCCA